AUGAAGUCCGCAAAACAUCUGUCAGCCUCUAGUAAUAAAUUGGCAAAUGUUCCAGAUUUAACUUACAAAAAAGGAAUAUUUACUUCACCGUUGUCACCUAAACCAAAGGAAAAACAUAGUGCAAAAUUAGUACAUGAUAAACUUGAACCAAUGGUCUUAGGAUCUCCACCAGCAGGGGAAUCCAUCGUAAGAUAUGCUUUGCCCAUUGCAUCGAGUAAGACAAAGGAGUUAAUAGCAGAAGAUGAAUUGAUCAGGAAAAUUACCAAACAUCUAAAUAUGGUUGUUUCUACUUUGGAGGAAGCCUAUGGAUUUAGCAUUGUAGAUAGAGAAAAAUCAGUUGUGAAGCCUGAACAUGAAGAAUUAACUUUAUCUGCUGGGGAUGAUCUGAAUUCAUUCUUGAUAUGUUGUUCACAAUUUGCAGCUCAGUUAGAAGAAGCAGCUAAGGAAGAACGUCAUAUUUUGGAAUCUCUUUUUAAGUGGUUUCAGCUACAGGUCAAUCAGAUGGAGGAGAUAAGUAAAGAUCAAAAUUUUUUAGAAACAGAGUUUCCAGCACCUGACAAAACAGUCACUUUAAGCCUUGCACAAGUAGUAAAGCAGGUGCAAAAACUAGAAGAACUGAAAAAUCGUCUUAAACAAGAGUCUUUAUACUCCUUGAAAGCCUUGUUGUCUAAACCCAAGCAUAGUGAAAAUUUACCAGGAGCAUUACAAAGUUAUGAAACCAUACAGCAGAUAAUUGAAGAAUUCAUAAAAACCCACCCAACUAAAGAAUUUAUAGAUGUUUCUGCAACUGAUCCACAAACUGCUUGUUCACUGACUAACCGAUUGAAUGUCAUGUUGAAAAUGUUUGAAAAACAGUCACAUAUGUUGGAGAGAGCUGUGAAUGAUCAAGGUUUGUUAGAGGAUAAAUACAAAGAAAUGCAAAGUAAUUUCCAAGUGUUAUUAGAGGAGAAAUUGGUGCUGGAAAAUGAACUACAAAAGUUGAAGACUACAGAGAAAGCAAAGUCUACAUAUGAUCGAACAAAGAAAACUAUAAAAAUGGAGAAGAAAAAAGACAAAAGAAAAUCUGAGGAUACAGAAGAGAAGAAGUUUCUAGUAAAAGAGCUUAAAGUAAAAGAAGAUUUGCUUCAAGUUCAGAAAGUAGCAUUUGCUCUGGAAGUUGAGAACAAAGUCCUUCAGGAACAAUUGAAACAGGCUUUACAGGAAGCUGAAAGCGCUAAGCAUCAACUUGACUAUUUCCUAAAUCAAGAGAAAGAAUUACUUAAUAGUGAAGAGAAGACGGAGACAACAAUAGAAAUGGGUAUUAGCAAAAUAAAAGUUGAAGAUUCAAAACAUAUACCAUUGGAAAAAGAGACAAGGGAAGCAUUAGUUACAGCUUCAGGUAGACAAAAGACAAAUGCAAAAAUCCAAGAACAUUCACAGGGAGUCGUGCUCUAUAGGUUGAUUCAGGUAUCCUGGUAUAUGGAGGUUUUGACAUCUUACAUUGGCUUGCUGGGCCAUAUUGGGCAUAGACAUCCAGCUACUAGAAAAGAAGAUGAAAGACCAGACAUGAGUCAUUUACACUGA